AUGAAGUUCCUGAGAUUAGCCUGCAGCCAUGCCAAUCAGGUCCUGCGCUGCACCAAGCAUGCCACAAAAUCUCAUGAGCUUGCCUUUACGGGCGACGACCAGCGAUUGAGCGAGGAUAAGAUCUACAACGCCUGCAGCAGUAUCCGCGCUCCUAUAGUGAUUCGCAAGGAGUUCGCGGCUGCGCUGCCCGAUCUCGCCGGCUUCCUCUCCGAGUCCCACAACAUCGGGCAUGGCGCCCACCGCGCGCAGAGCAAGGUCCAGACCUUGCUGCAGGUCCACGCGAAGGCGCUGCGGAAUAAGCAACUGCACGGCGACUCGAAGUGGGAACUCGUGGCCAGGGACAUUGAGCGCGCCAGGCCGUUUCUCUCGGGACAGAUUCGUCAGAUGACGGGCGUCGCGCAGAACUACAGCGGCGGUGGCCAGCCAACGUUUUUGCACGAGCCGAAACACUACGCCAAGACCUUGGAUACAGUGCGCGACGUUGGCGGCACCACGUUCGCUGUCCUCGGGUUCGCUAAGCUGCAUCAGGUGCCCAAGCUGGUCAUCGCCAUGAUGAAGGCUUCCAUGCGCGCGCCGGAGCAGCACCUGAGGGGCAAUGGCGUUCGCUUGUUCACGAGCCCGGACGCUGCGGCAGCGGAGUCUGGCAAGAUUCGCACGGUGGCCUUCGACGCUGUCGGGGAGCGCGCGGCAGCACACCACCUGAAGACGCGCAACGUCACGGACUGCCACGUCGAGGCCAAGUUGAUCGGAGACCUGGGCGCGAAGCUCGUCAUGCAUGUCUUCGGCAAGAAGGCUCGCGGGCGCCCGACGCAUGCCAGCGUGGGCGCCAUCAUGCGGGAGUUCGUCGUGGACUUGAAGCGGUCCUGGCCGAGCGCAGCUGGCACCCCUGAUCCGCGGAGCUGCCCUGAUGACCAGAACGAGAGCACGGCCACCGCCACGAGCGCGGACUUCGUUCAGCACGACGCCUCCGCAGGCGCUGCGCCAGUCAUGCGCGCGGGCGCCUUGCAGUUCAAGAGCUUCGAGGUCGGCGCCCUGGUCAAAAGCGCUCGCGGGGGCGACCUCGGCGAGCGGACCAUCGAGCACAUCGGCGGCCAGGCCAAGCCGGCCCCCCCCGACUCGGGCGCCUCGGGGGCCAAGAGGCGCAAGCCAGGGCCCGACAGCAUUGCCAUCAGCGCCAGCAAGCUCGCUGACGACUUCGAGGUGAUCAAGACCGCAGAGGCCACUACGAUCACCGCGCAUCAGGAGAAGGCCCUGCAGCUGAUAAACAUGGACUGCGCGCUCGAGAGAGCCCGCUCGACUUUCAGGGUCGCGCUGCACGCUGCGCACUCAGAGAGGGCGGACACCGUCAACGCGUCGAUACUGUUCAGCAAGGGCGCCAAGACGUGCAUCUCCAAUGAGAAGUGCGACAAGGGCGGCCUUGCGCUGGCGCCGCUCACCCCCACCAUAGGGGCCGGCCCGAGAGCAACGCCGAACGCGGUGGUCUGCAGCGAUACGAUGGCCGACGGCAAGAGCAUCAUGUAUUUGGUUCCGAAGGUGGUGAUGCCGCCCCCUCAUGGUUGGGCUCGCAUCGUUCCAUUUUGGAACGUCCCGACAGCAGUGGACACGGCUCUCGUCAAUAUGGCAGCUAGCGCGAUCAAGGCGCCAGUAGAGGUGCGCAAUUCCAUUUCUUCUUUCAGUGAAUCAACGAGCAGCUGCCAGACAGUGCACAUCCCAGUCCUCGUCAACAUUAAGCCGCUCAGCAAAGGCACAGAGCUUUACCAGAAAAGCUCAGCUGCCCCUGCCAAGCCACAGGCCAAGGCGGCCUCGUCGAG